AUGCGGUUAAUAUCGAACACUGCCAUCAGAUUUUUGCCUGUUGUUAACCAAGUACAUGCUUUGCACAAAGUUGUGUUAGAUAUUCAAGACAACAUAAAUAUCCGCAAAAUUGAAAGAAAUUCUUUUCUGGGCUUAAGUUCUGAUCGUGUUGAUAUAAGAUUGAAUAAAAAUGGAAUACGUGAAAUUGAAAACCAUGCCUUCAAUGGGACUAUCUUGUCUGAGCUAAAUUUGAGUGAUAAUUAUAACCUAGAAAAGUUACCUAAUGAAGUUUUCCAAGGAGCCCAUGGACCGGGUUAUUUGGAUAUUUCUGAGACAAAGAUCAGCCAACUGCCAAACAUUGGUCUAGAGCACAUUGCCAAGUUGGUAGCGAAAUCUACUUACAACUUAAAAAAGCUCCCUCCCUUGGACAGGUUCCAUGCUUUGAUUGAAGCAAACCUCACAUAUCCAAGCCACUGCUGUGCAUUUGAAAAUCGGACUAAACAAAAUUCUGUGAUGCACCCUAUAUGCAAUAAAUCUGCAAUUUCAGAAGACUCUGAUGAGUUCAGUUUUGAGCUGGAUGAAAAUGAUUACUAUCACGCUCUAUGUAGAGAAGAGUUUAAAGUGGCUUGCUUCCCAGAGCCUGAUGCCUUCAACCCAUGUGAAGACAUAAUGGGCCACAUAAUUCUCCGAGUUCUGAUAUGGUUCAUCAAUAUCUUGGCCAUCAUGGGAAACCUUGUUGUGUUCAUUAUUUUAGUUACUAGCCAAUACAAGUUCACUGUCCCUCGAUUCCUCAUGUGCAACCUUGCCUUUGCUGAUCUUUGCACAGGUAUUUAUUUACUACUGAUUGCAAUCAAAGACAUGCAGAGUAGAACUCAGUAUUAUAACUAUGCUAUUGACUGGCAAACUGGGGCUGGUUGCAAUACAGCUGGUUUUUUCACUGUCUUUGCAAGUGAACUCUCCGUAUACACUUUAACCGUCAUCACCUUAGAACGAUGGCAUACCAUCACCUAUGCCAUGGAACUAGACCGCAAAGUUCGCUUCCGGCAUGCAGUGAUAAUUAUGUUGGUAGGAUGGGUCUUUGCCUUCAUAGUGGCCCUCCUUCCCAUAUUUCAAGUCAGCAGCUACAUGAAAGUUAGCAUCUGCCUACCUAUGGAUAUUGAAACUCUGCUUGCUCAGACCUACGUCAUGUUUUUGUUGAUAUUAAAUAUUCUUGCCUUUAUUAUCAUCUGUUCCUGCUACAUCAGCAUCUACUUCACGGUGAGGAAUCCCAAUGUUUUCUCAUCCAACAGUGACACCAAGAUUGCCAAACGCAUGGCCAUACUCAUCUUCACAGAUUUCCUUUGCAUGGCACCAAUCUCCUUUUUUGCCAUUUCAGCAUCACUCAAAGUCCCUCUGAUCACUGUGUCCAAUUCAAAGAUCCUCCUUGUUUUGUUCUACCCCAUUAAUUCAUGUGCCAAUCCAUUUCUUUAUGCCAUCUUCACCAAGACAUUUCGCAGGGAUUUCUUCAUCCUACUAAGUAAGUUUGGCUGCUGUGAAAUGUACGCUCAGAUUUAUAGAACGGAAACCUCCUCUUCUGUUCAUACCUCCCAUAUGAAAAAUGGGCAUUGUACACCAGCUCCUAAAACCAGCGAUGGAACAAUUUAUUCAUUAGUGCCUCUGAAUCAUGUGAACUGAAGCAGAAUGUCUGUAAAUUUAUGUCAAAGGUUAUCGAAUAGUGAUCUUUGUUUCCUCGGCAAGAUGAAGGAAAUUACAAGAGAUGACAAAUGUUUUCCAUAAUCUCAAAUUGCUAUUUAGUUAUUUAGUUCUCAGGCAUACCACACUGAUAUAAAAUUCAACUAAUGGGGUUAAAUGUAGUUACCAAUGUGUGAUAAUAUUGCUGAAAUAUCUUGAUUUAGCCAACUUGAUAAAGCACAUAGUCUCAGCUGCAAACUUAGCUAUAUUUAAAAUAGAUUUAUUCAAAUCAAUGAGAAUUAUGUUGAUCAUCAGUAACUUAAAAAGUUCUCUACUUACUAUGACUAGCUCUGGAUUUAAGCUAUUUGUGAAUGUACUCUCCAAACUAAACUGGUUUUUUUCAUUAUAGAGAUCAAAGUAGUAAUAUAUUUUUGCUUACUACAUGCUUCUUUAAUGAGCAGAUAAGACAAAUUUAUACCAAGUUGACACUGGUGUAAUCCAGAUCAGAACUAUCUGCUAUAACUGACAUUUCCAAAAUCUUGGGCAAGUUCAUUUCCCAAUAAUUUUCCUACCUGAAAUCUCAUUAAAGAAUCUAAAAGACCAGAAAUGAAACCUUUAUGUAUAAAAUGCAUGUUGUGUCACUUUUUUAGUAAGAUCUUCCUACAUUUACCUUAGCAAUAAAUGGCAAACGGUCUGAGACUUAAUAAAAUUAGGUGAUCAAAUACUGUACAUUGUUGGAACCAUAGAUCCUUGCUUCCCUUUUUUUAACCGUUCUUCAGAUCAAAGAAAUAUGAAAACCAUACAAUCUAUAUAAUGCAAAGGUCAGGAAUCUCCCAUCCAAAAGCAGAAAUCUCAAUCCAGAUCUUUGUGAAUUGUCAAACAUAUAUCUCCUUUAUAGUCCACUCUAAGUUGCUGAUACUGGUCUGUUCCUUGAUUACAAAGCUGAUGGAAGAAACUAAAUUAUAAAUUAUGAAAGGGAUUCCUGGCUACAGAUGGUUUGUUUCAUGUUGUUGGGUAUAAAUAAAAGAUUUGUCAAAUCCUUGUUUGCCUGCAAGAAUAGCAAAGGAACACUACCUAGCUAAGGUAGUACAAGUUUCCCCACAUGACAAACUAAGGUACGGAAAAGGAGAGAUUACAGUUAGAAAAAUGAUAUAAUAAGUUAUCUUCUCCCUCCCUUCACCAUUAAAUGAUGGGUUCAGAAAACAUGAUAAUACUGUAUGUACGUUUUGCUAGGCCUGGAUGACAUGUUGAAUAAUUUAUUAUUGCUUAACCAAAUUAUUAUAGCUUAUAAUUUUGCCUUAAUGUGAUCUUAGUUCUCAUAAUAAAUGUAGAUAAUAGUUGGUGGCUGGAGAAGGCUCCUGCAUAUUCCUGGGACAACAAAGAUGAUUGGCAAGCAAGUCCUUGAAUACUUAAUACUAGACAUGUCACUAGAAGGCAAAAUCACAAAACUGCAUCUUAUUUACCUUGGCCAUGACAUGCCAUGGAAUUCAUUGGAGAAAGUAUUUAUGUUUGGAAGUGUUAGCAGUAAAAGGAAACUAGGACAUCAAAGAAUAAGGUGGCUGGACACCACCAAAGCUGACAUCAACCAGAGCAAAGAAAAACUCAAAGAACUAGUGCAAGAUCAGAAGAUGUGGACACCUGGCCCACAGAAUUACCAAGAGUCAGAUUCGACUGAAUGGAUAACAUCGUCAUCGUCAAGAAAGCAGAACCUCCUAACUCCAAUUUUGGAUAUAUCUUUUCAGAAUGGAAAUGGAUUAUAGUUAAGCCAUUGGGGAAAGAAUGGAUGAUCAAGGGCAGAUGUGAUAGCAUGGACUUUUUUUCUUGCCCCAGACUUCAGGACCAGAACCAGUGAAUUAAAGCUACAAGGAAAGAGUAGGACAAGACUUUUAUAUGAAGUGAUGACCUGUCCUCCUCUGGAGAUGCUCGGACAGAAAUCAAAAGGCUAUCUGGCAGAGAUGCUAUAAUGGAUACUACAAUGGAUUGCACUAGAUCAUUAUUUCUCAACCUCAGCAACUUUAAGAUGUUCAACAGAAUUGUGGGCUCUAGACAAUGUUAAGGUCCCUUACAAUCCUAUGAUUUAGGAAAGUAGUUUUUUUUAUUGUGGACAGUCUGUAUGGAUUUCAUAUUUUAAAUAGACUGUUUUUGAUAUCUCUUGCUCACAAG